AUGGCGAUAUGCCACUUUUAUCACUCUACAGUCGAGAACCUAUCCACCCAAGAUCCAGCGCUCUACCUCCACGAGGAACUACCGCGUCUCCAUGCUGCAUCACGGCAGGGUUCAGCUCUGCACUUGGCAUUGGAAGCAGUGGCACUUGUCGCUGCCGCGGAAAUCAUACCCCAUGCUGCCCAACUGGGCCUGAAUCGAUAUGUCAAAGCCGUCAAAGCCCUGAGGGAAGCAAUGAAGACUGAGGGACUGAGCUCGGAUUAUCAGUCGCUUUAUGGUGUUCUGCUCCUUUGUGGCUAUGAGACCAUCACUGGCCAUGUUUCUAUGCCUUCGGCAUGGGGAACCCAUGUGGACGGAGCACUGGCUCUUUUGAAACUUCGAGCAACUCACGGCUCUCCCUUCUCACGCAGUAUGCACUUCUUCAUCCAGAAGAAUGUGGUCAUGAGCCAGAUGCAAAUUUGUCAACCCGUUGAUGAACUCUUCACGCAAGGGCUUCCCUCUCCAGGUCAAGACCCAGAGAUCCGACUGCUUUCAAUAGCAGCUGGAAUACCAAGGGUUCAACACCAAAGUAUCGACCUUGCGCAGCUUGAGACGACUGAUAUAGAGAGUAUAGUCCACGAUGCCGAUACCUUGGAUUCCUGCCUAUCCACUUGGGCGCAAGGACUCCCGCCUGGUUGGUCCUACGCCACUGCAUUUAAUAUCAACAAUGAUGCACGCUCAGACUAUGCUCCACGAAGCGUCCACAAAUAUGCUCACUUUUACACGGCUCGCGUAUGGAACUUCUACCGUAUCUCGCAGCUAAUUCUGCUUUCAAUUCGACUUCGCGCCUCGUCUAUCUUACCUUCAUUAUCAGAUACCACCAAGGUUAGACAGAAAAUGGUUGCAUUAGUGGAAGACAUAUGCGCAACAGUGCCUUAUCUUUUGGGCAAAGAUCUCUGCAUGAACCUCCAGUUCGUCACCAAUCAAGAGAGGCAGGAAGGUUCUUUGCUGAACUCAGGUUCAAAUGUCAAAAGAGUCGGGAAUGUACAAACUGGAAAGUUCUCUCUCGUAUGGCCCUUAUUUGUCGCUUGUAGCGCCACAGAAAUACCCCAACAGCAAAAGGAUUGGAUACGCAAACAGCUGCAAUAUCUUGCUCAAGACGGUGUUCCUAUUGCUCAAACAGUCUGCAAUGCGGAGAGCCAGAUACUCGAUGGUAGGCCUGAAGUAUUUCGCUUUGACUGCGUGUAA